AUGCGCUUCUCCGUGUCGUACUUUGCAGCGCUGGUUGGUGCUGCCAGCAGUUCCAUUAUCUGGGACGGCCGCUUCAACACCUUCGCUUCAAGCACGGAUUUGAAUAACUGGAGCUGGAGCAACCAAGUCGGGCCUUACCAGUAUUACAUCCAACACCACCAGCAUGGAUCUUCCGCCGUCACUUCCUACGUCAACCUUUCACCUUCCUUCAAGAACGCAGCCGACUCGGGCAGCACCCAAGGCGCAAAGUUCACCCUCGAUAGCACGGCCUACUGGAACGGCCAGCCGAUGCGUCGAAUCGAGCUGAUUCCGCAGACCACGGCCGUCAUCGCCACGGGCAAGGUCUGGUACCACUUCAGCAUGAUGCGGUCCGCGACCAACGCGCCGAGCACCUACCGCGAGCACCAGAUCAACUUCUUCGAGUCCCACUUCACGGAGAUGAAGUCGGGCUGGAUCUCCGGGGCGGCUGGCACGUCCAACCCGGCUCUGCAGUGGUUCGUCGGGGGGACCUCCAAGUGGAGCACAACCUGGGACGCGGGAGUUUGGCAUAAUGUUGCUUAUGAGAUAGAUUUCAGCGCCAAAACGGUAGCGUUCUGGCAUUCGACUGGCGCCGCCCCGUUGGCUCUCACCGUCGCAGCCGUUAGCGCCUCGACGGCGAGCAACGGGGCAGACUGGCACCUUGGGGUCCUCGAGCUUCCCGUCUCGGGCCAGGCCGACGCCAACGAGGACUUUUACUUCAGCGGCGUGUACAUCGAGAGUGGAUCUCUGACGACGUCCGUCGCUGGACCUGGCGGCGGCGGCGGCGGCGUCGUUGUAAGCUCAAGCUCACCAGCUUCGCCUGGCUCAAGCAGCAGCAGCAGCAGCAGCAGCUCCAGUACUAGUGCCAGGUCCACUUCUUCCUCGACGUCUGCUGCAAGUAGUGUUGUGGCGACGACUGCGAGGCCAACGUCGCUGUCGACGACGAGUUCCGUGGGUGUGACCACGUCGAGUGCGCCUGCUGCUGGCGGAGGCGCUAUCCCCAAGUAUGCUCAGUGUGCUGGGCUGACCUGGACAGGAUCUGGGACCUGUGUUGCAGGGACUACCUGCAAGUAUUCGAGCGAUUACUACUCGCAAUGCCUCUAG